AUGAAAUCCUUCGAAAUAACCGUCUACCUGUACUUGGCCGUUCUCCUUGCUGGUGGAGUAAGUUGCCUGACAUGCUACUCUGCCGAUCGUAUCACUGCAAGUCAAAUGCUCACAACGACAGUGGACUGCACCAGUGCACUGCUUUCAACUCAGGCCCUUGAGAACACCUACAAGACCUCCAACAUUGACGAUGUGAGUGAAACAUCGGAUCUGAUCAGCGAGCCUGACAUGCUGCAAGCUGGCUUCCGGUUCGAAACGUGUCAGAUCAUGAAGAAUAUCGUAGAUGAGCUCACGUCCGAAGAUCAAGUUGAGACUUCUCUGCUCAAAAAAGUCCGUAUCACCAUGAAUUUCUGCUUGGAUGACCUGAUGUACAAUCAUUGCAGUGAAAAACCGUUUCGACCUGCCAAGUAG